AUGACGUCUAAUCUAACGAAGAAUCUCAAACAGCCGGCCCUGGACUUCUUGUCCUUUGUCAAUGCCUCUCCUACUCCCUUUCACGCCGUCAAUUCGGCCAGGAAUCUCCUCGCAAAUGCGGGUUUCCAAGAGAUCAAGGAGAAAGACUCGUGGGCUUCUACUUGCCGCCCUGGUGGAAAAUAUUACUUGACUCGCAACCAGUCAACUAUAGUGGCUUUCGCAGUUGGCAAGAAAUGGAAGCCUGGAAAUGCGAUCGCCAUGAUCGGGGCUCACACGGACUCCCCCGUGCUGAGGAUCAAGCCCGUUAGUAAUAAACGUGGUGAAGGUUACAUCCAAGUCGGCGUCGAGACUUACGGCGGCGGUAUUUGGCAUACUUGGUUUGAUCGUGAUCUUGGAGUUGCAGGUCGCGCGAUGGUUCGAACAGACGACGGUUCUAUUGUCCAAAAACUUAUCAAGAUUGAUCGACCAAUUCUCCGCAUUCCGACGUUGGCUAUCCAUCUGGAGCGCCAGGAGACCUUCUCUUUCAAUAAGGAGACUCAACUGUUCCCUAUCGCAGGCAUGAUUGCUGCGGAACUAAACCGUACUGGCCAAGCCGAGGGUGCCAGCGACAAGAGCAAUACCGCUGCCGAGAGCGAGAAUGCGGAAUUCUCUCCCUUGAAAGCUAUCACAGAGCGCCACCACCCGCAUAUUGUAGAGCUCAUCGCUGCCGAGGCAGGUGUGGAGCCGGCCGAUGUGCUUGAUUUUGAAAUGAUUCUUUUCGAUACGCAAAAGUCCUGCCUAGGCGGAUUGAUGGAGGAGUUUAUUUUUUCUCCGCGUUUGGACAACCUUAACAGCUCCUUCUGUGCUACAGCUGGAUUGAUCGAGUCUGUAGCUGACGAGUCAGCCCUGGACGACGAAUCCACCAUCCGUCUUAUCGCUCUAUUUGACCACGAGGAAAUUGGAAGCAGGACCGCACAGGGCGCCGAUUCUAACGUCCUUCCCGGCAUAAUCCGCCGUCUGUCCGUCCUGCCCUCUACCGCUGGCGAUGUCGAUACAUCGACCGCUUAUGAACAGACUCUGUCCACUUCUUUCCUACUCUCGGCCGACAUGGCCCACGCUGUUCACCCCAACUGGUCCGCCAAGUAUGAAAAUGACCACAGGCCUGAAAUUAAUAAGGGGCCAGUGAUCAAGAUCAAUGCCAAUGCACGCUAUGCGACCAACUCCCCUGGUAUUGUGCUUCUCCAGGAAGUCGCACGCAAGGCUGUAGAGACUGAAGGCGAAGGUGUCCCGCUACAACUCUUUGUCGUUCGUAACGAUUCCAGCUGUGGAAGCACUAUCGGACCUAUGCUCUCUGCUGCUCUAGGGGCUCGGACCCUAGAUUUAGGCAACCCUCAGCUAAGCAUGCACAGUAUCCGCGAGACGGGCGGGACGUACGAUGUGGCGCACAGUAUCCGACUCUUCAAGAGCUUCUUCCAACAUUACGCCAGCACUUCUCAAUCGAUAUUUGUGGAUUAGAUUCUAUUACGAGGUAGUGCGAGGGCUAGUGAAUCCCAAGAUUUUCAAACAU